GCUCUAACUCUCUAACCUUCUGCUGUUGUUGUGUAGAUUUGGAGUGAAAGCGAGAUCCAGUGAGAUUCAGUGAAAACGAGGACGAUGCUCAUAAUGAACAACGGUGCUGAGGUUUUUGUGCCUUUUCCUGAAAAACAAGAAGCUGGGGAUUUUUCAUGCAGUACAGGAAACUCUGUGGUCCUACAGUGUAAUGAGAAACAACGGUCUGCAGGAGAGGUCUUAGCAUACCCGAAACACCGGUCUGCUGGAGAGGUCUUAGCAUUCCCAGGUCCUCUGUUGAGGGCUGCUAUGCAGAAGGACAAGCUGAUGAGGUUUAUACAGGAGAAACGUCGGAAUGUUUGCUCCUCCUGGAUGAACCCCAGCAACUGAAAUCUUUCUUUUUCUGGUCUAUUAUGGAAAUCUUCUGUAAUAGCAAUGGAGAAUUUCUCCCUGAUGGAUCAUCAGGGAGAAAAAUCUCAAUGAUGUCCGCAACUGUAACCAUGGCGACUUCAGAUUUCAGGAAUGCAAUUGGCUGAUUGGAUAACUGCAUGAAAGGACAAGCUGUGUGUGUGUUCCUAAUAAAAUGGACAUGUUUAUGGAUGCUGAUGUUUGUUUUUCCAUUUUAGCUUCCAGAAACUGGACAUAUGCAGCAUAUAUCUGCUUAAUGCUGGUGCAGGUGGAGCUAGGAUCAUACCAAGACUAUGGACUAAUGGGAUGUAAACGGUAAUUUGUAUGUGCUGUCUCUGACCUCAGGCUUCGGCCAGAAACGCUUCCAGGGUCUGAAGUUCAUUUAUGCCUUUGAGCUUUUCGAACCUUGGACAUUCUGCUCAGGCGCUGCAGUACUGCGAGACCAUAGCUGCAGAACUCAUCCGAUGUCCUUCACGCGCCGAUUCCGAACUGAUAAGGACACUCAAGAUAGGAAAAAGGUGGCCAUUAAAUGUGUAGCCAAAGAUAUCUCCGAGACGUACAUCACCUUCCCUGGAAAGACACACAGCCUCCCUCUGGAGGUGGCGUUAAUGGUAAUGGUGUCCAAGCCUUACUGUGAGAACGUGGUAAAGCUGCUGGAAUGGUUUGAGAUGUCCGAGUUCUUCAUCCUGGUGCUGGAGCGACCCGACUGCUGCAUGGACCUUAUUGAGUACUGUUAUCUAAACAACAGUAAGCUGUCUGAAGAUGAGUCUCGGAAGAUCAUGGAGCAGGUGGUCGAGGCCGCCCGUCACUGCUGCGAUCACGGCUUUUUUCACCAUGACAUCAAUCUGGAGAACAUUAACAUCCCUCUACGCUAGAGGUGAGGCUGAUCGACUUUAGCUGUGGCGACCUGCUCACGGACGAGGUCUACACCAGCUACAUAGGUCAAUUAACUGUAGAUACAGACACGAUCCGGAUGUGCUGGAGAAUGGUGUUUACUGAUGGUUUCUGCUCUUUUUCUCUGAUGCUUGAACAUGCCUUUUUCCAGGAUUUCUUUUUGUUGACGACUUUUUAUUGAUCUGGACCUCUGUCUCCUGGCUGCACACACAGAGUGCUGCAUGCUGAUCAGCUGGUGCCUGGAACCCGACCCUGAAAAUCGGCCAACGUUCGAGGAGAUCCUGAACCACAAGUGGUUUAUCAGAGAACUUCAGGACAUGGACUAGCUGAGACAAUUCUGAAUGAAUUCUGGAAAACAUCACUUCACUGAUGAUGUGGGAAAAAAAAGGCAUCAGAUGAGGAUAUACUGAUUCUUCUGACUAGAAGAUGAUGUCAGCUUCAUUAUACCU